GCCGGUUUGAUUUGGUGUUUAGGAUAACGAAGAGCAUGGACGGGGAACUUCUAGAUCGCCCUGAUUUAGCAGCAGAGACUAGCUUUGACGUACUGUUAUAUAUCUACGAUUUAUCUAAGGAACUUGCCAAAUCUUUCAAGAAGAUAUUAAAAGGUAAACCUUUACCUGGUAUCUGGCAUACAGGUUUAGUUGCUUACGGACGAGAAUACUAUUUCUGUUCAUCUGGAAUUGAGAGCUGCCGCCCGGGGGAGACGAUACUAGGUGAACCAGAUCAGAUUUUGACUCUUGGUAAAACAGAGCUUCCAUACAGUGUCUUUCUAGAGUACAUCUUCGCACUCGGAGAGAGUACUUACAGACCUGGUUCCUACAACUUGUUGGAGCACAACUGCAAUUGCUUUAGUCAGGAAGUCUGUCAGUUUUUGACCGGAGGUCCGAUCCCAUCAGAAAUACGAGAUUUGCCACAGGAAAUCUCAGGAAGCAAGAACUUAAGCAACGCUUUGAAGGAAUACUUUGAUAAAUUAAGUCUCAGAGCUGAAGGAUCUCGAGGAAUAAGCUUUGGUCCAGCAGGACGGAUUGCUGAAGAGCACAGGAACGGCCACGCACCCCCUGAAAGCAAGCCCCAAAACGGAGCGAAAAGGAAGAAAUCAUCUGCUUCCAUCCAAGCACUAGAUAGAACAGCAGUGAACGGCUCUGCGACAUCUUCCCAACAACAGGCACCUUCUCAACAGCAAAAGCCAGCUCCCGAGCAACUUCAGCAACAAAAGAUCGUAUCUGAGCAGCCUCAGCAACAGAAACCAGUACUCGAGCAACCGCAGCAACAAGAGGAAUCACCUGAACAGCAGCAAAUGGCUCAAUCUCCAGAAGCUCCAGAACCGAGAAUAAAUGGAGAUGACAGAAACACAAUUUCCACUGGAGAAAGUCAACAAACUGCACAGGUUAAUGCCGACACGACUCCAGUGGUAAACAGUGAAAUUCCAACUAGACAGACAGAAGACGGGGAAGAAAAUCAAUCAACAUAUACUCCCAGAAGAGCUAGAAGAUACGAUGAUCCACCAAUUUUUUUCCCAGAUGUUGAUGGUCCUAACACAUUAAAACGGCUUCUGGAAAUGCUGGAAGGCAAACUGAGUAGCGAAGAGAAGAGAAAUUUGGAUGAAAUUAUGGAAUACUUGACAACGGAUGGUGGUGCAUGGGCUCUCGGAACGCCACAUUUGGAUACAAUUAGUCGGCUUCUUAAUGAUCGCACUCUUCCCGAAGAAGUUCCUAUUCUGACUUUGAAAGUUAUGCAGGCUGCUGCAUUAAAAGAAGAUGUUAUCUUGCUUUUACAUCAAGAUCGAGAAAAGCAUCACCUUAUGAGUUAUUUUUAUCGCAUAGAAUUGUUACCAGAGGACGAACAGACUGAAAUCGCUGCCUUGAUGUGUAACCUGUGCUCUAACGGUAGCAGUUACGACUGGUUGACGUACAUUUCCGAGUGGGAAGAAGACGGCAGGCCUUGUAGUAACAGCCGAGUGACGGUCCGUGUUGCCGUUCACGCCCUCUUAUCACAGAGACCAGAUAUAAGAGAUCGAGGAUGCGCCUUGGUUUUCAAUUUGGCACUCAAGAAAGAACUGUUUGAUGAUAUUGCCACAGAGUUAGCUAUGGCCGUGCUUCAGUUCCUACAGUCUCAGCUUUCAGAAGAGCUACUGUUCCAAAGUCUUACUGCCUUGCUGAGAUUUAUGUGCAUAAGCUAUAAUGAGGUUCCAGCUUUAAUGAAGAUGCUGGGACCUGAUACUGAACCUUUCCGUACAGUCUCCGCUCGCGUGGAACCUUUAGUAGAGGAAAUCCAAAUGAAGCUCAAAGUUUCUCGUUGAAAUAUUUGCUUUGUACUUGUUUUCACAAUAAAAUGUUAUUUCCAAAACUU